GUUGAGUUUGUUUUGUUAUCAUGAAACAUAAAGAUACUGAUAUAUAAACACCGUUAUGUUGCUUCAAAUGGUCCGGAUUUCGUUUGCUGUCAUGCGUGAGGGGUUUCGCUGAGGCUUUGCUCAGUUUUGUUGUGUUGUGUUAAAGGGUCGAUCGAUUCUGGACAGGAACAUAGAUUACUUAUUGCUAUUUAAUGUGGUAUUCUAAAAGAAAAUCGUUUUUUUGGCAUUGUUGUUGUUUCUUAUUGUUUUGCACGAAGGCCUAAACUUGGGAAAGGAUUCCCUCUAAAUUGUCUGCUCAAGAAUGUGGGAUAGAAUACUUGAAUGAACUUAUAAAUGAUACCUAUAUCUAAUCAUUAUUUGGCACCAUCGACAUGAUUAAUGAUGUAAAUCCAGAAACAUUACUGACAUUACUCAGUGCAUUACUACAUAUUAUAAUAAAUGCAUAAUGCUAUUCCAUUUAGUAGUUAAAAUGUGGAUGAAAACGUAUUAAUGAGUAACAUGAAAAAUAUGAAUAAAUAUUAAUAAUGAAAAUAUGUAGUUGAAUAGAUGGAGGGUAAAGGCAGUAAGAGUUCAUUAUUUGGACAGAAUGUAUCUAGAAUCCAUAUUAUUUUAUUUUAUAUUAUUACAUUCUAUUCAACGACAUCAUAAUGAUGAUUAUGAAUUAAGGAGAUAAAUGUGACGGUAAAAAAAGUCUUGUAGGCAAUUUUUUGGAAAGUAUGUUUUAAAGGACGCUUUCGGAUCAAUAUUCUUCACCCGACGUCAUAUUCAGAGGCCAUGUAUUCUGUUUCUGGUGUAUAGCAGUCAUAUAAUAAUGUUUGUAUUACAGAUAUAAUCCUGUUGGAUUGGUACAGGGCAAAGUAAAACACUACUUAUUAUUUAUGUUUUAUUUACUUUUAUUGUACCUAUAAAAACAUUUACUGUAUUACAGUUUAGAAAAUAAAAAGGAAACAUGUAGGCCUAUUUUAUCGACCAUCUUUAGGGCAUCUUUUAAGAUCUCGGUGAAGUAGGAAGUGUUAGAUUUGAUAUAACAAAGUAAGAAUAUUGAAAAAGCUUUAUACCAAAAAACCAUAUAAUUUGGAAACAAAAGUUGGACACGUUGGUCUGUUUAAUUGACUGAUUAAACUGUAUUUUAUGCAUGUAGCAUUAUAUCCCACAAGAUGGCACUCUUUGCAGGAAAACUACUCCAGUUGUAGAAUGACUCUAGUAAAUGGACACUUAGGACUGUAUGUUUUAUAUGAUCGAUUAUUGAACAGUUUGUACAGUCAGUGAUAUAGUCAGUUGUAUAUAGAUAAAAAACAAAACAUAAAAUGUGUACUGUUUACUAUGAGUAUUUUCAUUUUAUGUUCUGUAUGACUUGUCUCAGUCGACGAGGGGAAAGGCUGACACAUUUCUGGUCUAAAAUGACAACUUCAUUAAAACAUAGACCAACCUAAUAAAGUUACAUUAGAAAACAUAUCUCCCUCCCCAUGUUGAUAUACUUGGUGCGGUCGGACGCCACCAGGCUGAAUUAUGGCGGUAUCCCGGUCUACCGCAGCGCCAAUUUCCGGCCUCCUACUUCCUUUUAGAUGUGUACCCAAGAGCGAGAAUAAUAGGAACACGACAUGAAUAAAAACCACAACGAAAAGGAGAACACAUAUGCAGUGUUUUUUUUUUUUUUUUAGAAAAUAUUGACAAAGGAACAUCCUAGCAUGUAACGAAGACGGAUACCCAUCUACCGGCAGUCCCGCCUCUUGUCACUAAACCAUGAAACUAAAAGUACCACCUCUCUUUCGCCAAUAACGCUCAUUUGGAGCAUCCCGAUCCGUAGUGAGACGAGAACACCUGGGAACGAGGUUACGUGGUGUCGCCGCUGGUGACAUCCUGUGCACCCAUUGGCCCACUGGGGUACCGUUCAGUGCUGUCCAUUGGCUCACCGAGCUGCCACUCAGUGCCGUCCAUUGGCUAACCGAGCUGUCAUUCAGUGCUGUUUACAUUGAGCGUUUAGCGAGGUGGAAUUUCCCAGGUUACAGCGCAGACCACUUCCGCAAUAGAUGUCUGGGUAGGAGAAGACAGGCCACUCCACUGAAAGACUCUCCGUUCUAUGAAUUAUGAACGAAGAGAGGAAAAGAGGUCGAAAAGACUCCAAGGGGUUCCGAGCACCAUGCUUAGUAAGUGAAGCGGUGGCGAUGGACGGGAAAGGACCCUACCGGAUCUACGACCCUGGCGGGAGUGAGGCCAAGGCCAGAGAGGACUUCAGCUACCGCCAGCUCCUGGAGGAGAACGGCAUACUGAGGGAGAGGAUGAAGGGGCUGAAAAGCUUAGGCGACCUGCUGGAGGAGUCCCAGACGGAGGCCUCGCGACUGCGUCAGAGGGUGGAGGAACUGGUCCGGGACAACGAGGCCCUCAAGUCCUCCAUCUUCACCACCAGCCUCUGCACGGGAGGAGAGAGAGACCGGGUUGGAGAGAGAGACCGGGUUGGAGAGAGAGACCGGGGUGGAGAGAGAGACCGGGUUGGAGAGAGAGACCGGGUUGGAGAGAGAGACCGGGGUGGGCCGAGCGAAGCCCAGCUCACGCCUCACAGGCUUUCAGCCAAAGCCCACGCGCUCAUCAGCCAGGAGCUGAAGGAAGACCCGGCGUGUUCCUCGGGCAAGGCCCUGCAGCCCGAGAAGCCUCUGGAGGGCCUCACAGAAGAUGAACUAGUACAUUUAGAACAGAAGGCGUUGGAAGGUCACAGUACGGCGGCGGCGGCGGCGGCGGCGGCCCUGGGGGUGGUGGCGGCGCAUCAGCCCCAGGACAACAUGGAGCUGGCCAGCCAGCUGCAGCGGCUGGAAAGCUCCUUCAGCGUGUUCGCCGAGGAGUCCAACCCCAACCAGCUGCUGGCCCACCUGGGCCGCAUGGCCGUGGAGUUCCACCACCUGUCCUCCAAGGUGCAGAAGAACGAGCAGCGCACCUCACUCCUGCAGACACUGUGUGAGCAGCUCAGACAGGAGAACAAUGAGCUUCGAAAGAAAAUGGAAGAAGAUCAUCAGUUCAGGAAUCGAGACUUGGAACAACUGAGGCUUGAGAACCAGAAGCUGAAGGAGCUGGUGACCGGCGGGGCGGACCCAGCGGUUCAGACAGACAGUGAGCCAGAAGACGCCAAGGAGGAGCCAGUGAAGGAGGAAUCCCCCUGCGUCAGAUCCAAGAUGGAAAUGACCACUCCAUCCAAGAGUGCGAAAGCCGCGGAGAAAACCCCCGUGAAGUCAUGUGACCCGGAGGUGUACGAAAAGAAGAUCAAGCUUUUGGAGAAACAGAGAAAGGAUGUGCUGGAGGUGAACAAGCAGUGGGACGUCCAGUGGAACAACAUGAAGACCCAGUUUGAGCAGAAGAUCACAGACCUCCGGCAGCGGCUGGCUGACUCCCAGAAGGCGGUGGUGGAGCUGGAGGCGGAGCGGGAACAGCGGCAGCGGGACUACGACAAGAAGCUCCUGCUGGCCAAGUCCAAGAUCGAGAACGUCCAGGGCGAGAAGGAGUGUCUGAACUCGGAGACGACGGAGCUGAAGCAGAAGGUGCGCUACCUUCAGGACCAGCUGCUGCCGCUCAGCAAGCAGAGGGAGUACCAGGAGAAGGAGAUCCAGCGGCUCAACAGGGCGUUGGAGGAGGCCCUGAACCUGCAUCCCCCCGCCGCCUCCCAGCCCCCACCGGGCCAGGGUAACCACGGCGACGCCGCCAGCAACCUGAAGAAGCAGGAACUGCUGACUCAGGUGGCGGUGCUCAAGGAGCAGGUGAAGAUCUUUGAAGAGGACUUCAGGAAAGAGAGGAGCGACCGGGAGCGCAUGAACGAGGAGAAGGAGGAUUUGAGGAGACAAGUGGAGCGGCUUCAGGGUCAAAUGACGAAUUUAACCAAUCAGCUCCACCAGGCACAGAAUGAGUGCCAGAGAGAACGGACGGAAAGGUGUAAGCUGGAGAGACUGCAGAUGCAGCACCACAAACAGGUGGGCGCUGGGCAGGGCCUGGAGGGCUGGCCUGUACACUUCCCCCCCCGGAUGCCCAACGCAGCGGGCGCUACGGCCGCCGCUGCUGCCGCCGCCGCCGCCGCAGCCAACGCGGCAGCACCGCCCCCCGGACGCGACCCGGGUUUUCCUUGGCAGUCGUCCUUCCCACAGCCCAGAGGGUCCAGAGUCACCGGGGAGGGUUCGAGACCCCCGCCAGAGACCACAGAUCAGUCAACGGCGGCAGGAUUCGGAAAAAGGGAAAGACAGAACCUUGACCCUGGAAAGCACUAGAAGCAUCACUGAUCCAACCAAAUGAAGCUUGGGUAGUAGCAUGAUUCAGUUUGUUUUGAUUUGACAAGGUGUAAUUUGAACUAUAAUUUUCCUACUGAACUGUAGAUAUCGGAAUGUUGUUUAUACUUGCGUUUUAUAAGCCUAUUUGUGAAACACUGUUUUCGCUAUUCUGAAUAUAUAUACAUGAUAUAUUGUUUAGAUUUUUUUAAACUUAUUAUUUUUGAGACUCAAUCUGCUUCAUAUGAUUCUAUGCAGGAACCGAAGUCAUUUGUUAAAUAGGUUGGAAACUAUCAACAUACUUUUUUUUUUUCUGACAAUAUACCUACGUGAUUGUCUCUGCAGAAAUGUAACAACUUCACAUACCUAGUUUGUUACUCGUUGAGUUAAACGGAAGCCAUUCCCGAUUUAAGAACAAGACCACAUAUAUUCAUUCCAACAAAGAAUGAUUAUGUAGGUACAUUGAAUCAUAGACAUUGUAAUGUGAAUGUUAUUUCAUUUAUGAUGAUUUCUUCAGUACCAUUGAUGUUCUAGACCUGUCCCAUAUGUGUAACUGUUCAAAAGUGAUUGUUGAAAUACUAAAAUUUUGGGAAAUUAAUUUUGAUGGUAUCAUGGCAAAAAAUACAUGAUUGUGAUUAUUGAUAAUUUAUUUAUAAUCUAAUGUUUUGAUAGUUGCAUUGACUCAGUGUAAAUCAUUGUCUUUAGUAAUGCUGUUCUUUCUAUGUUGUUACUGUAAUCCCAAUAUAUUGUAGCUAUUGGCAUUGUAUGUUUGUAUCAGACACACAAUACUCGACAAAACAGCACAUACACAUACAAACGCGUUUUUUCACUCUAAUGGACCUAAUCUCAUAAAAACCAACACUUUAAUUUACCGCACCCGAUUUAAUGAUUUGGUCACUUGUUCUUACCUUUCCUUUAUCCUUCAGCAUCCUAUACCGUUGUCCAUAACAAAUUCCCAUUCUUUGUAGAGAUUAGCCAAUUGAACCCCUUCCCCACUUCUCUCCCCCAACUCUGAACAAUUGAUCUGCUUCCUCUCAUUCCUUCAAACAAACAAGGUCACUUGCGGUGAGUCAAAUAACGAUUUAAGAUCAGGAUGAUGACCCUCCCCCCCCCCCCCCCCCCCCUCAUCAUAUGGUUGUCUUGUCGCAGUGACGAGGAAGAUUUUCAGUUGUCUUUUAGAACACACGACCUUGUGUUGCAGCAGUAUCAACGUGCGUUUGUGUGUGCAACACUCGGUUCAGUACUGAAAACAAGCCCAGCUUCAGACACACAGCCAUUUGAAAUGGUUUACUCGCUAUGUUAACUCCUUUCACUUUUUGUUUUGGUUUGAUUCACAAUUUAGCUCAGUAUUCAUACAGUUUCCCCUAGUAUGUAUUGCAGAAGACGGGAUGGCGGGCUUCAAAUUGUCUGUAGAUUAUUUGGGACAACUUUUUUUAAUCCAACAAUUUAUUGGGAACAAAUCCUCACUGGUGGGAGCUGAAUUGAGACAUUAGCUGAAUUGCACUUUGAAAGGUACGCUGUAAUUAUUGGCAGUUGUAUUUUCUUGGUUUGUAGCCUAGUUAUGUUUUUCUUGUUCCUUUUUGCUGUAGGCAAAAGCACAUCUUAUGUGAGACUUUUUGUAUUUGACCAGCUUAAUAAAUAUUCUAAAUGUCUUUCCUCUGUCAACUCUGAACGUCCUAUUUGAUAUGCUAAAUCCAGGGGUUGCAAUCACACACACACACACAGUCAGUAGGUCUGCAUAACUUCGCAUAUUUCUUGAGGCACGAAUUUGAGUCAGCAACUGUGUUUCCCCCCAAGCUUUAUUGAAGGUACCCAGCGAACCCAGGUCCUCUGCAGGCGGUUGUGCAGCAGGUUCUGCCGCUGUACGAGAGGACAUGACGCUGGGAUCGCGGAGCAGCCCCGAUGCACUCCAGGGCUGGCUCUGGACCCACAGACUCAGAAGAGGCUCCACAGAGAUCCUGCUUUCAAGCCCCAUCUUCAUGUUAUCAUGCCCAACUCUACGCUUCACAGAACCUGUCGCAGACCGCCAGGGGACCGUCACCUGUGCCUCAUCUCCGUGAAAGCAAGCGAGGCGCCAGUUGAAGGGUAUAAACGUUUGCUUAAGAUUCUAAAAGGGGGUUGAUCAGAUCCCUUUGGGCUGGUAAACGCCGGAGGUAGUCUGUGAUGAAUCUUCUGACGACGGAGACUUCGACCUUGGAAAACCACCUCCUGACUGGCUUCCCAUCCGGCCCCACCAGGAACUUCUCGAAGUUCCACUUGAUGUCGCUCAGCUUGAGCGGCUCCCAGAACAGCCUCUCGGACGCCGGUCCCAGGUCGUCGCCGACCGGCGGGCAGGAGCUCUGCAAAGCAAAACGUAAACGCAUUACAUUGACACUCUGCAUCUGACACCCAACUACUCUGCUAUACAUACCAAUGUUGAUAUGUCCUAUAUCACAUGUAAUAUUCCAUGAGGCGGGAGGGGACUCGCCUUGAGGAAGGUGUACACCGGUUGUUCCUGAUCUCCAUUGACAUCACCGAGCUCAAACAGCGGGAACGUGGGGACAAAUCCCUUUCCUGGUCUUACGUGUCUGAAACGCAGGAAACGAUCAUCUCGUCAGGGGUAAAGGACCACCGGGGAGACGAUUAGGGCUUGGGGCCCCCACUGCCUCAUGGGGCCAAACCACUCCUUAAGUAGUACUUAGGUUUUGCUACAUUCUCUUAUGGCAGCCUAUGGAUUGUAGAACCACUAGCCUGGCCGCUUCACUCCAUUGAGGAAUGCAUGGAGAGGUGGAGGGACUUAAGGGAUAAUUGAAAAUGUUGCAGAUUGACAGAUGAUUGAGAGAUAUCUACAUUCAUAGAUCUAACGUUACAUCCCUUCAUUGGAGCCAGGCGUCAAGGGUAUGCUGCAACUUUAAACGCCCUGGUUCAGUUUCAUUGGUUGCAUUCCUUGUGUGUAUUCGGCUAGCCAUGCAGAGAGAAGAGGAUUACUUACUUUAUACCUGGUAGGAUCUCAUCAUUGUUCCCUGGUUCUUGUUUUCCAAAAAUAUUACAGGGAAACCCGAGAACGGUGAAUCCAUAGGACUUCAGCUCCUCGUGUAGUGCAUUCAACUCUGAUGGUAUCAAACAGAAGAAAGUACAGAUGAUGUAGCCUCGGAGCUGGAGGAAAGGGGUGAUUGUUUAUGGUGGACUUAAUGAAGAAAGUGUUAUUCAAUGCUCACCCACAUACUGGUUGGUAAGGGAUCAGUAUGUAGCUGUGUUGACAAAGAGGACUGUCUGCCCAACGUACUCGCUGAAGGAGACGGUUCGACUCUCAUUCAGGGUUUUUGCCUGGUACCCAUAAAUGGUACCGUUUACAUCUGUUUCACACGGCUGAGGGAGGGAAACACGCCUGCUGGUUACAAAUAAUUGUCUUCAUCUUAUCAGGUCAAUGACAACAAAGUCGUGUGUUAUCUGGUUUGGUUGAAUCACCAAACAUCUUAUUUCAACAGGUCAAAAACAUCUAUCCCGAUCUAAUUUCAUUCAGUGUUUGGUUUUCCUACAUUGUAUUAUGUAAGGCAAAAUGUAUUGAUAACAAACAGAAGUAACAAAGUAAAUUGGCUUGACAUGUAGGACACUAAAGUUAGUACAUUUAGAAUUUGUGCUUAGUCUUUACGGUUAGAAACACCAAAUUGUGUCUGCAUCUAGAGAAGUGAUGCUCUUGGUCCAGUGUUUUACAACCUUUGUCUUUAGGUAUUACACCUGAUUGUCAACAAGACCUUUCGCCGACCACCUCGUAUGCAAAGAAAAAAAGGAUAACUAUAACACAGUGUGGCCGAGCAGAGUGCCAGCCCCUUUUACAAGACCGUGGCCUGAACAGUGAAAAGAGAACCCUCAGUAACGCUGUUGAGUUUAUCUAGCCUACACAAAUAAUGACGAAACAUCAAAAGAAAACAUUACAAUGUUAAAGAUAUGAAGGAAUCCACAUAGCGACACUAUUUUAGAAAAAAAAUGGUAGGCUAUUUACUGAACAUUUCACUACCUACCUAACUUUUUUAUAUCUUUAUUUUCAAUGAUCUAUUAUUUUAUAUUGUUGUCAAUGUCUAUUUCAAGAAUAAAAAACACUGUUCUAGUCGAUGUCCUGAGGCAAGGUCCUAAAAACGUUUCUGCUUUGACAUUAACUUAACAAUUAAUAUGAAUGACCAACAACGCAUUAUUUGACGUUAGCACUUAACAAGGUAGGCUACUAUAAUUAAUUGAUUGUCCUAUGCUAAAUAGGCCUAUGUGUUUUGAUUUUACCUUCAGGGUGAAAAGAUAGGUCAGAACUACCCCAUACUCUUUGAUACACGGAUAUUCUUAAAUCCAUUAUAGGUCAUGCUUGACCGCAGUAUAUGUAGCCUAGUCUAAACCAAUUUUUAUGAUCUGAAAAAAAGUGAUCCAUGACCAAUAACAAUAUAAAGAUAUUUUUACGCGGGAGUGUGUUCCCGCGGAUGUAGGCCACCUACCUGGGUCCAUGGAAACACUGUGCCCAUGCUGGGUCGGAGAACACCCAGCAGAACCAAAGGUAAAAUCCGUAUCCACUCCAUCCCCGGCGUCUCGAACGUCUGAACCCUCUGUAGGCUUACCUAAAUUACCGACUCGGUCGCUGCCUGCGGCCAAGUCUGAUUUUUGUAAUUUCGCAGGUUGGGGUUAAAUUUAUACCUACAUGCUGCACUGAACAAACUGACGCGCACCCGUCUGAACCAAUAGGGAUUUAGUGAUCGUGGGCUCAUCUUGGAGUUUCCCUUGACUCUUGGCCCUUUGACCUCCCUUCCCCCUGUCAUCGCAUCAUCACACAAGCUAUAUGUGUGCAUUUCAGUAGAAUAUAUAGACAUAGAUAGACAACGGCCCGGGGUGCAAAACCAAUCAGCAGACAAACAAUCCUAAAGUAAACAGACACACACAGUAAACAGGGUUUCUGAAUGUUUCCACAAGUUUAAUUAUAGACUUUUUAAGAACAUUUUGAAUGGAAAUUUAAGAACCAUGAAGGAUAUGAAGGAAAAUUGAAGACAUAGAAUUAGUUGCAAAGUAAUUAAAUGUAUUCACAUUCAACAGUAAAUGACUAAAGGAGCUGUGUGUAUGUAAGAGUUGCAAUAGUAUAAUAUGUGAUGCUUCGUUCAACCAAAACGUAUGGAUCCCACUAAAGACAUUGUAGACGACCUAACAUGACAUAACAACAAUUUAUGCAGUUAGUGAUUAAUCUAACUCUUAUAGUCGGCCACUGUAUACAGGUUCUAGACUGUGAGAGAAAGUCUAAGACGUUUGGAAAACAGGUAACCAGAUGUCCUAAACCAGCCAGCCAAAAGGUUGCCCACAAUAGUAAUGUGGGUUAUUAUUGUUAUUGCUUAUUGUUCUUACUCGACCCAGGUGUAAGAUCUGUUUUCUUUGAUUAUACGUGGCUAUUUUACUCAAGACUGAAGUAAACUACCUCACGCCAGUGAUGGUUGGCAGACAAUUUCAUCUCCUAAGCAUAUGUGGUUUGUUGUCUGU